AUGUGCUUAGUGAAGAUGUUGCGUGCGGUUGUGUUGCUUCUCAUUUCCGUGGCAGUCGGUUUGACUGUUGGCGAACUAGAUCAUGGUUACAAAGGUUACCAUAUCUAUGAGGUUACACCAAAAACUUUGGAGCAAUCUCAAUUGUUGCAUCAGCUUAGUCUGGAUGGUUAUGAUUUCAUAAAAGAGGGACGACUUCUUGGACAUUCAUCGCGUGUGAUUGUGAGUCCUGCACAGUUUGAGAGAUUUGUGAAGCUAGUGAAGAGUGAGCAGAUUGCCUAUACUUUGCUCAAUGAGAAUCUGGGUGCCAGUAUCGAUGAGGAAUUGGCUUUGCUGAAACUGCAGCGACGCAUGAAUCCCAUUACGGGUAAAGGUCGUCUCAGUACCGAACGUUAUUAUACCCAUGAAGAGAUUCUAAACUAUAUUGAUGAUCUUGCUGUGCGUUAUCCCAGCCGUGUGUUUGUUAAGACAGUGGGUUGGUCAUAUGAGAGACGUGCUUUGAAGACCAUUACCAUCACCAAUGGCGAUCAGCGUAAGGGCAAGAAGUUGAUCUUUGUCGAUGGUGGUUUCCAUGCACGCGAAUGGAUCUCACCAGCUGCCGUUCUUUAUAUCAUUGAUCAGUUGGUUGAGCAAUUCGAACAGAAUGCCGAUUUACUGAAGGACUACGAUUGGAUCAUUCUGCCAGUGGUCAAUCCCGAUGGCUAUGAGCAUACCCAGACGGGUACUUUGGCUCGCAUGUGGCGUAAGACUCGUCAGCCUUAUGGCGCUUGUUAUGGUGCCGAUCCGAAUCGUAAUUUCGAUUUCCAUUGGAAUGAGGAGGGUGCUUCAUCGAGUGCCUGUGCCGAUACAUAUGCCGGACCAACAGCCUUCUCCGAACCAGAAACCAUUGUCGUACGUGAUUUGAUGCAUUCGCUAUCGGAUCGUGGUGUUAUGUAUCUCACUCUUCACUCGUAUGGCAACUAUUUGCUCUAUCCAUGGGGCUGGACCAGUGAUCUGCCUGAUACCUGGGAGGAUCUGGAUGAAGUUGCACGCACAGGAGCCGAGGCCAUUGAGAAUGCCACAGGAACCGUUUACACUUAUGGCUCUUCGACCAAUGUUUUGUAUAUUGCUGCUGGAGCUAGUGAUGAUUAUGGCUUCUAUGCUGGUUUCAAUGUAUCCAUUACCAUGGAACUGUCUGGUGCUGGUAGCAUUGGCUUCAAUCCACCAGUAACACGCAUCGAUGAGUUUGUUACCGAAACAUGGAUUGGUAUUCGAGCCAUGGCCGAGAAGAUAAUUGAAAAGUAUUAGAAAAAUAAAUAAAGCAAGUCGUAAAACGGCUUUGAUAUUCUCUACA